UAAAAUGGCGAAAACGCCACCCGCGCCUGCUGCAAAGACUGCUACAGCUGAAGCAGACGAGAUGAACGACUACUCAGCGCGCGAGACGUUGCUUGAGAACGCAAUUGCCUCCACGGAAAAGAUACUACAGCUACGCGAGAGCUUCAACGAGCUAAUCGAGAACGGACUGCUGGAGCUGGCUCGCGUUCGCUACUCGACCGGCAACAAAUCCGUGUCCGCUUUGCAGCUUAACAUGGGCGAAGUGGAAGCGUUGCGGACGGUGCAAACAAAAUUCGACGCCCCCGACCAACGUUACCCGAGCUUCGAACUGCUACAUCCAGCCAGCACUGCUGGUACAACAAACAAGGAAGGCGAAGUUCGCCAACGCCGACAGGCAGAGGAGCCUUCGACCGAGGCAGCUCAGUCUCCUUCUCAGCGUCCUGCAAGCCCCAGCGAUCCGCUGCGCUGGUUCGGCGUGCUCGUUCCUCAGUCGUUGCGGCGCUCGCAAAAGUACUUUGUAGGCGCGCUCGAGGUCGUCGUGGACGUGGCCAACGAGCAGACCCGCCUCGCAGCCGCCUUGGACGCCUACCGGGCCAGCCAGCCGGCAGGGCGCGAGGCUGAACCAUGAGCAUGCGAGGACGUCAAGAACGAAGGCUCGUUUGGCAUUCGUGAUUCGGUUGCAGUGCAGCCGUCUUGCAGCGAGAAAGCGUUGUUGCCAUGCGCGUGGCAGCGAACGAUAAGGACGAAGCUUUUCUUCGUUUUACGGACGCGGUUAACUUAUUCUGGUUGGACCUUUUGUAAGGAGUGUUGGGUCUCCAAUAUGUGCAUUAAAAUAAAGGGGAAGUUGCAAAAAAAAAAAAGUUUGUUUUGCUUUAACUUUAAGGGGCGAAAGAAAAGGUAAAUCUUGUUGAGGUAAUGUAUAUUGCAAUUUGAAAGAUAAAACAUUCCAGCCAUAUUUCUGGAUGCUUUAGCUGAGAGAGCUGAAACAUAAAUCAGCAUGUCAGAAUAAUCUAGAAUCAGAAUUGUAUGCAAGAAAACAACAAU